UCUUCCAUCUGCCGUUCAUUUUCACUGCUUCGCCGCUUCCUCUUUGAUUCUCUCUGCUCUCUUGGGGACUCGCUCUCAGCUACAGGCACUAACUCUCUCUCUCUUUCUCUCUCUUCUGCUCGCCGGCCGGCCGUCGGGAGUGUGGAAGCUCUGUUCCUACUUCGCCAGUGUGUGGUGUUUCGAUUCUGGAGUUAUGGUGAGGAAACAUGGAUGGCAACUCCCUGCUCAUACUUUUCAGGUUGUUGCAAUUACUGUCUUUUGUUUACUAGUGGUGGCGUUUUAUGCUUUCUUUGCUCCCUUCCUCGGAGGCCUUGUUUGGGAGUACAUAUUGCUCGGCAUUUAUUCACCAGUGGCACUCCUUGUUUUCAUUCUUUAUGUUCGAUGCACUGCAAUUAAUCCAGCUGACCCUGGUAUUAUGUCUAAAUUUGAUCAUCGGGUAGCAAACCCCAACAAUAAUCAAGGUUUAUCAUCGAAGAGUCUACCACAAAAUUUAGAUGAAAUUGUAAAUGUUAGAAAUUCUUCCCCAUCAUCAGCUUCCAGAAGUUCCAUAUCAGGAGCUAAUUUGAGUAAGAAAGGCUCUGUAGGAGAAAUUUAUAGAGUAGACAAUCCAUUGGAACACCCAACAGUUCGCAGUACUAACAGUUUUGGACUAGUUUGUUGUGCAUUGUUUGUACAUGAAGAUUGUCGAAAAAAUGAUGGAGCAGCGGACCCUCUAAGUGCUGCUGAGGAUGCUUUGUUCUGCACAUUGUGCAAUGCUGAGGUGCGCAAGUUCAGCAAACACUGUAGAAGCUGUGAUAAAUGUGUUGAUGGUUUUGAUCACCAUUGCCGGUGGCUCAACAACUGUGUGGGCCAGAAAAACUACAUCACCUUUAUUUCUCUUAUGGCAGUAAGUCUUGUUUGGCUUGUUGUUGAAGCUGGAGUGGGUAUUGCUGUUUUAGUGCGAUGUUUUGUUAAUAAAAAAGGCAUGGAAACUGAAAUUAUUGAUCGACUUGGAAAUGGAUUUUCUCGUGCCCCCUUUGCGACAGUUGUGGCAGUGUGUACUGCAGUUUCCAUGCUAGCCUGUAUCCCUCUGGGUGAACUUUUCUUCUUCCACAUGAUAUUAAUCAAAAAGGGUAUUACAACCUAUGAAUAUGUUGUUGCGAUGAGGGCUACAAGUGAGGCUCCUGCAGGAGCUUCUGUUGAUGAGGAAUUGCCAAAUAUAAUGUACUCUCCAUCUGGAUCUGCUACUACUGGUUUGAGUGGUGGAAGUUCUCUUGGUUUACAAUACAAGGGAGCAUGGUGUACGCCUCCAAGAGUUUUUAUUGAUUAUCAGGAUGAAGUGGUGCCUCACCUGGAGCCUGGAAUGGUCCCAUCUACUGUUGAUCCAGAUGCAGCCGGAGCUUCAGAAAGAGGGCCAAAAGUACCCAAAAGAGCCGUUCGUCUUAGUGCUUGGAAACUUGCAAAGUUAGACUCUAAUGAGGCCAUGAAAGCAGCAGUCAAAGCAAGAGCAUCAUCGUCUGUUCUGAGGCCUCUUGAUAACCGCCGUUUCCCAGAUACUGAAUUGAGCUCCAGCGGAAAUGUCAGCGUUAGAAGCAGUGUGAGCACUGACACGGGGGUAAAUAAAGAGAUCAAGAAUGAUCUUAGGCUCUCUCCAAUAAGAAACUCUUUGGCUCCGAGUCAAGCUAGCAGGGAUGAUUACGAAACCGGAACACAGAGCAUGAGUAGCUUCAGUAGUCCAAGCCAUGUACAUGAAACAGUCACCCUCAGUCCUCUCCCACAUGGUAAUGGUCUGGGUCGUUUCAGUGCUGCUUCGUCGCUCCCCAGCCUAGUUCCUGAACAUCAGUAUUCUUCCAAGACAUCCUACCCUAUUGUUACCGACCUGAGAUCGCACACAUCUGGUUUUGAUGAUAAGCUCGCACAGAGGGGAAACAUUACUGAUCCAUUACUGCUUUCAGCCCCGGCUACUUCUCUUCUCAGAGAUGUCAGGAAGACAUCUGUUGUCUGGGACCAAGAAGCUGGGAGGUAUGUCUCAGUUCCCGUAUCAGCUUCAGAAACUCGCCCUCCUAGAUCGUCGGUGCAGAUAGGCUUGCCGAAUUUGAACGCUGAAACAAGCAACAAUGCUAGAAAGCCAGUUAUUCCAUCGCAAGCUACAACAUCUUCUGAUACAAAAGCUCCAUUGCAGCAAGCAGAGAAGUUAAUGUACACGGGAGAAUCCAUUUUCUUUGGUGGUCCUCUAGUGAAUAUCCCUUCCCGAGAUAGUUUGAGAAGCGAAAGGGUCUCGACAUCGAGAGAGGGCCAAGAUAGAAUGGCAGUGAACCUAUCCCGUGAGUCGAGAUUCAAAAGGGACUCAGCUUCAAACCAACUUCCUGUUUUUGUCCCUGGUGGCUAUGAGCAGAACCGCCCAUCUGGUUCUCGCAUAAGGUAGGUAGGUAGGUCGGUCAGUCGGUUGCCGAAGCAUUACGAUUCAGCUGUCUGAAAGAGGUGUAAUUAGAAACUUUUCUCCCGUCAGCAAGUUGGAAAAAGAUGCCAAAAGGACGGAAUAUAUCUAUUAUUGGCCCUGAAAUCUUGGAACCCGACAUUAUUUGGAAACUCAAUUGGUAGUCGGUACAUGUGAAGCAGUUUCCUCAAGGAUCGCAUUUUGAUUAACACGGAAUUUAGGUGUAAUUUGUAGUUGAGGUGGAAAUCUCUUUCUUUAUCUACCUCAAAUCUGUAGCCAAAAGGAUCUUCCUAGUUUUUAAUUCUUGGCCUCUGAACUUCAUUGAGGCCAUCCAUGGAAUUAUUAUCCAGUUCCCUUCUCCAAUUUUUUUUUUUUUCCAAUCAUUUAAUUGACACCAUCAUUUUCCAGUC